AUGUCCUCUACAAAGUUGUUCAUUGGCGGCCUGGCAUGGCACACGACUGAUGAGACCCUUCGCGCGGGAUUCCAACCAUAUGGCUCUAUCGAAGAAGCUAUUGUCGUCAAGGACCGCGAUACCCUCCGCAGCCGUGGUUUUGGAUUCGUCCGCUUCUCCAACUCUGGUGAAGCUGAUGCUGCCAUGGAGGCCAUGAACAACCAGGAGUAUGUUACCACCGUUUUCAUCUUCUGGCUGGCACCCUUUGACUGA